AUGUGCCAGGAGCAGCAAUACCUCGCCAUCGACCCGCCGCCCGACAAGCGGUUGAUGAACAUCUCCCAUGAGCUGCCCGCCAAACUGGUGUUGAAAUGUAUGUCUGACGCUCGUCUACCGGCCGAUCUUCGUGCAUCUUUCGCUCGAUUGCUUCUGCAUCUGCAUGUCGUAAAAGGGAGUCCACACUCGGCGGUUCGGCACGCGAGGCUUUGGCGUGAUAUUCCGGAAGAAGUGACCGUUUCCUCCUACGACACCAACGGCACGAAGGGGUAUGUUGAUGGCGGCAGGGCACGGCUGGACGAGCGGAUAGCCAAGGAGAUCCUCUCUACCGUCGACAACUACCUGGCCGGGCUGCGCUCUGCUACCGCUGACGGCGCCGUUUUGAGAUCGUCUGGAGCGUGUGUACACACGAAUAAGCUGACUUUUGAGAUGGUGACCCUGGCCCGCUCUCUCGCCCAAUUCGGCUUCUACACUUUUGCCCAUCUCCUCCAGCUCGCCAAGAACCUGUUGGCCAUCGUCGAUUCGAGCCCGCCGCAGAAGCAGACCACGACGCAAAACGUGCAAGAGGGGAUGAACAUGAUCACGAGGGUAACGAGGGGGAUGCUGGCGGCGAAAGUUGAUGCUCAGGCACCGAGUCUUCGUCCAUCCUCCCUUGAUGCGAAAAUGAGCCUGGAGCAGUCGCUGGCCGUAAAGGAGAGCCAGCAGCUGAUCUUGAAGUCGAAGUUGAUCGUUGCCGAAAUUCUGCAGUUCAUCAUGGACGUCCGCCGAGACUACCGGAUUACGGUAGUGCUGUCGUGGUUUAAGAAACGCUUCCCCUGCGACGAAGACGGGAAUUUGCACGAUAAUGCUAACAUUAACGAAAACGUGGCCCGAGAGCUGUGCGAGGAGAUCUUCAGCACGACGGAGAACGAGUUGAAUCUGGAUGGAGGGGAAGGGCGGUUGAUGCUCGCCAUUUUGUUGCAAAUGACGAUGAGUGACUACUCCCCGCUGACCAGCAUAGCCCUAAAAGUGCUAUUCCGGCACUUUACUCAGUACCAAGAGUUGUUGGAAGAUCUGAAAACUGUCCAGCUUUUGGUAUCGAAUGAUGACGUCCAGAAUUACAAGCAAGUUGAUCGUGAUCUCUUCAUCCUCAAAAACCUUACGGAAAAAUCAGAACUUUGGGUGCACGGAGAUAGAAAUCACUCCGUGACGCAAUCGGAGCCGGGAGAGGAGAAAAACACGAAAACCGCCCUAGAAGGCGUCAACCUGCACCACUCGUCGAAGGGGUUCAACAAUGAGGAGUGUAUGAAAAGCUUGUGUCAAAUUAUCGAUCAGCACUAUCCGGGGAUUGCGACGGAGUGUGCGCAGUUGCUGAACAAGCUCCUCCUCGGUGAAGAUCGCGACGACUCCGCUCUGGCCCUCCAAGAAUUGAGCGACCGAGCACCACUGAUCGCCUAUCCCCUAAUUCGACAGAUCCUGGUCCGCAUCAAACAGCUCUGCUACAAGGAGUCAAAACCCGAUAUUAUGAACCAGCAGCUGCUGCGGAAUAUGAGGGUCUACGAGGUCGUGCUCCAGUUCUUGAGCGUGCCGUACGACAAGAAAAACGACUCCGAGAUGCCGAAGCUCAUCACGCUGUCCCACGAGUUUUUGAGGUCGUUCUGUAAGAACAAUAAGGAAAACCAAAGCCGGCUUCAAAAGUACGUCUCGAUCGAAAAGGACGCGAAAGAAGGGUUUUUGAGGGUUGAAACGAUAGAGGAAGUGGCUACAGUAGUCGCCAUCUACCGUAACAACCGGGAGCUUUGUCAAAAUGUCUCUGAGGGCUUGAUAGCGCAUGUGGUUGGCUUGAUUGAGAAUAAGCAACGUAACGCCAUCUACCUCGAACUGCUCCAAUCCCUCGUCUGUGUCGCUGACAAGGAGAUUGAGGCCAGCCAGGACAAAGUCGCCACAGAGAUCUGCUCUUCCUCCGACGAGGUCCGCCAGUUCUACACCGACUCAUCGUCUUAUGAAGAGUUGAUGGAAAUGAUGCGCAACGCUCCUGCUUAUCUGGACAACACCCACAAGCUGAAGUACCACAUCGAGCUCGUCAAGCUCCUAGCCCUCUGUACUCGAGGCAAAAACGGUUCAACGGAGCUGAAAUGCGCCAGCGAGGUGCCGAUGGACCACAUCGUCAGGGUGGUCACAUCGCCGGAUUGUUUGAUUGAGGUAAAAACCGCCUACCUCCAAUUCCUGCUCCACUGCUACAUCGACACGGACGCCGAGAUGAAAGACGCGUAUCGACCGGAAUACGUCAAUGAUUUGCUCAGCAAUAUGCAUUACGAUAUCCAAAAGCUUCGCACCGAGACCCAGCGAACCGCCACGGCUUCUACCACCGCCUUGGAGACGUACAUAUGCGUGACGGUGACGGAGGUGCUGAUCAAGUUUUUCGAAAAGCCGUAUUCGGAUCAGGCGAAGGUCGACAUCAUGCAAUUCCAAAAGCUCUUCACGGCAAUCCUGCAGAACCUGGGAAGUUUGCAAAACAACUGGCUUCGGAAAAACCCGAAAUCCACCAAAUAUUGGUACCGGGUGGCCGAGUGUGUGAAGCGGUUGACGAAAUGCGCCGAGGAGCACAAUCUCACGCUCCCGCCGAAUAUUUCUGUGCCACCGGCGGCCGCCGGCACCACCGCCAAGCAACGGUGGCAAAAUGCAGCGAACUCGACCCGAUUUUUCCGGAUGAACCAGCAAACCCUGGCCACCGUACGCCGCCGGAAUUCCUGUAUUUCGAACGCGAUCGGGCUGACGCCAGGCCAUCCGGCCCCGAUGCAAGACCGGAAUGCAAAUGUCGUCACGUGCUAUCAGAUGAUGAUCGGCGAGUUCAAAUUCUACCUCCUGCCCCUCCAUGCUGCCGAGGGUAGCGUGCUGGUAGAUGUUCUGCACAUGCCGCAGCUGCUCUUCCCAUUUGGCAGCUAUUUGAGGGAGCAGUGCGCCAAAGGACGGGUUGUCAAUAAACUCAUCCAGCACUGCAAAAAGUUGAUGCAAAAUAAGCAAGAACAUCUGUGCACCCGGGGUGAGCGGCUGCGAUCAAAGUUGCUGCUCCGGUACUUCGGAGAAAGCAGCCAGCUGAAGAAGGGAGCCGGAAAGGGGGUGAAGAAGGAGCCGCAGGUUGGGGAAGAAGAACUGAUCUCCCUCUCCGAAAUUGCUCCGAUCGAUUCGGUGCCGGUCUACGAUAUCCAAUGCAAAUUGAACGAUGCCGGAGCUUCGGAGCUGGUAAUCGACAUCAUCACCAGCGACCCGUCGUACGAGAUUUUCCUCAAGGCAAUCCAACUGGCCCGUGCGUUGUUGCACAGCGGAAACGACAAGGUGCAACACUCGUUCUACAUGAUGCUGAAGAAGAAGAACAUCCACGAACCGUUCUUCAAGGCCAUUUCCGUCCGGCUUCAAGCCGCCCAGAAUCGCCUGAAAAGCGACAUGAUGAGUUGCGCCGAGAGCAAGCCGAAGUCGACGUCGGCAAUCUUGACCCCGUCUGCAGAUACAGCCAACAACACUGAUCAUCCGUUCAUCUCCUUUGGGGACAGCAUGACCGGAGGACACGGACGAUUCUCUCGUGGGUCGUCGAUGUCCGGUGGGAUGGAAUUCGAGAUGGGGAGUGUUCCGGAUAUUAACCCGUAUCAGGAUGAGGAAAGACCCAAAGACGAUCUCCCCAAAGAAGUUGCAAUUGUCGAACCAAUUCUCCGGGUCCUCCAGCUACUCUGUGAAAAUCACAACAGUUUACUACAGAACUUCAUCCGAAAGCAGUCCGAUCGAGCCAACCACAACCUAGUAGCCGAAACGCUGAUGUUCUUGGAUACGGUCUGCGGCUCGACAAAGGGUUCACUUGGGGUGUUUGGCGAAAUUGGAGUUCAUAACUUUUCGCUCAUCACCCAGACGCUCAACACGUUGACCGAGUUUUGUCAAGGGCCUUGUCAUGAGAAUCAGAAUACGAUGGCAAUGCAAGAAAACGGGCUGAACAUCAUCAUCUCGCUGGUGCUGAACGACAUCAAGCCGUUGGCUGACGAGAGGAUGGACUUAGCUUUGGAGAUCAAGAGCAACGCCUCAAAACUCCUCCUCGCCAUCAUGGAGUCCCGGCACGACUCUGAAAAUGCUGAGCGGGUGCUGCACAACAUGACCAACAUGGCGGGAGGGCCGAAGCAGCUGGUUCACGCUAUCGCGCAGGCAUUUAAAAUGGCAAAUUCAACCGAUUUGGCUGUCGCUCAGGUUCGGAGAGACAUUUUGAGUCAGGCUCCGCAAAUGAACGGGCCGAGAAGCUUGUUGGCGCCUCCGGUCAAGAAUGGGCAAGUAAAUCUGCCCGGAAUCUCGGUCGACGGCUCUGGGACCAUCUCCAUCCUGGACGAGGAGAAGAAGCCGGAAGAAGAUUUUGACGGGAAAUGCCCAGAAACGACGAUCGUCAACCCCAAGGAGGUCGGCCAUAACAUCUACAUCCUGGCCCAUCAACUGGCUCGGCAUUCUCAGGACCUGGAGCAUUGGCUGGAUCCGGAAGGGGAGCAUAAGAGUCCCGACACCGAAGAAGCUCUACGUUUUUACAAGAAUCACACAGCGCAAAUCGAGAUAGUGCGGAGGGAUCGUACUUUGGAGCGUGUCGUAUUCCCCAUACACCCGACCUGCUCGUUCUUGACGAAAGAGACGAAGCAGUCCGUUUAUGAGAACACGGAACGCGAUGCGCAGGGCUCCAAAGUCACCGAGUUCUUCGGCCACUGGGAAGACCUGUACGAGGAGAUGCGGUGGCAGGAGAAGCUCCAAAAACGAAUGUUCCUCUCCUGGUGCACCCAGAGGUUACGACUCUGGGGUAGACUCUGCCUGUUCUUUGCCAUUCUCGUCAACUGUACAGUCGCGUUACACUUCCCGUUCACGCAAAACGAUGAGCCCUACACCCAACCUGACACUGCCGUUCACGCGGCUGCCAUUGGAAGUUGUAUAUUUUUGUACUUCCGGUGGGAUGAUCGAUCCGCAAUGGGAACCUCUUGGAGUUUUAUGGUUUGCAUUGCAAUAGCAAUGUUUUCCGUGUCGACGCUGUUGAUGAACGUACUCGGGAUCGUGCCGGCAUUGGUGUUGAUAGGCAUAGCACAGGUGUUUAACAAAGUAAUCCACGUCACGGCUUUUGUAUCGAAUCGAGGACUGGUCGAUAAGCACUGGAAAGAACGGCUAGCGGAUCAGGAAUUAUACUACCAUCUCGUAUACCUAUUCCUGUGUGUAGCCGGGCUGUUAUUGCAUCCAUUCUACUAUGCUUUCCUGCUCUUCGACAUCGUUGCCUCGGAAGAUACCUUGCAAAACGUCAUCAAAUCCGUGACGAAAAACUGGAAAUCGAUCAUAUUGACAGGACUCCUGGCUUUAAUUCUCGUCUACCUAUUCGCCAUCUUUGGAUUCUUGUUCUUCCAGAAAGACUUCCGGCUCGAGGUUGAGCAGCUACAACAUCCAGCUAUCGGCGGUCCAUCAGUGAUCCCACCAUUUUUGCGGAAAGUCGAGGAAACUUGUCCAAAAGAUGGUUGCGCGGCCGAGGAGGGAAAGGAGGACGAUGAUGAGGAAGAAAAGGUGUACACCUGCGACUCGUUGCGGAUGUGCAUAAUCACGACGUUGAACUGGGGCCUGCGGAAUGGGGGUGGAAUCGGAGAUGUGCUGAGGAAUAUACACCCAAGUGAAUCUCUCUUCUACUGGCGUAUCCUCUACGACAUGUCCUUCUUCGUCGUCUGCAUCGUCAUCGUUUUGAACUUGAUUUUUGGUGUGAUCAUCGAUACGUUCGGUGAUUUGCGUACGGAGAAAAACGAGAAAGAGGACAUUUUGAAGAACAGCUGCUUCAUCUGCGGCUUAGAAAGGGGGAAGUUCGACAAUCGUUCCGUUUCCUUUGAGGACCACCGCGAGAAGGAGCACAACCUCUGGCAUUAUUUGUACUUUAUAGUAUGGCUGAAAAUCAAGGACGAGACAGAAUUCACGGGCCCCGAAUCGUAUGUGCACGAGUGUAUCAUCAAUCGGGAUUUGGAUUGGUUCCCCAGGAUGCAGGCAAUAUCGCUGAAGGAAGAAGAUCAAGACGCCGACCAGCCCGACCAGAUGGCGUUGCGUGAAGAGCUGCGAUCGCUGAACCAGAAAUUGCGGGAGAUGGCCGGGCAGUUUGAGGAGUUUAGACAAGUUGUCGAUAUUAUGGCCAGCACCCGCGGGGCUACUCCGAUG